CCCGGGCCCCGCAGAGCGCCCGCGAGAGAGAGUGCUUUACAUGUAGGGAGUAGCGAGCGAAAUUUCCUGCACAAUGUAUCUUUUUCUGCCCUCUCAGCGUCCGUGACUUCCCAGCCCCAGGGAGUGUGUUUUUCCUUCUCUGAGAAGCUGUCUGCGGAUUGCAUUAUCAUUUGCUAAAUACAUUGGAGCUCGCUCUUUUCUUCAGUCUUAGCUUCCAGACCUUUCUUGCUCCUCCACAUCUAGGAAUUUCGGUAAUAAAUCACCGAGGGGAAUAGACAGACUGUCUUGCCCUUCCCUUUAUUGUCCUCCCUGGCCCCACCGAAUCAGGUGGAAGGCUCUGCAGAGCGGCUCCUCUCCGGAAUGCCUGCCCUUCCUGGUCAGGAGGGCGGCAGGUGAUUUUAAGGGCAGGCUGCUUUCCAGUUGAGAUCUAGAAUUUAGGGAAUCUCAUUAACAGAAAGUCAGCCUGUGUGUCUCCAAUCAGACACCUUGAAAAACAGGAGUUUGUACUAAAAGGUAACAUGAGAUUUAUUCAGAGGCCUAUGCUAGUAAAGAUGAAAGAGGGCAAAUCAGUUAAUUCUGAUUCCAGGCCUCUCUGAUACCUUAAGCCUCAGUUCCCAACUGACACUUGCCAUGCUUAAAGGAGACUGUCUCCAAGGAGAAGGUGGGGAGGGGAUUGGAGAAGGAAAUAAGCUUGUUCUCAGUAUAAUUCUAAACAUUCUAUUACAUUUGAUAGUUUUUUUUUUCUUCUUCUGGUAGUCUAUUUUUAGCUGGAAAUGUGGGGAUAGUUCAACAUUUAGGAUAAGAGGAAAGAAAAACUUCAGAAAAUUUCUGGAAAUUUUAAAUUAGCGUUUAACUAGAAAGCAUUCUUAGGAACCCAGGGAGGAACCAAAUCCUGUAGUCUCUGUUAUGCACAUGUUGGAAUAAACUGUCCCAUACUUGAAGUUAUACGAGAAGGAUGGAGAAAACCUGUUUCAUUUUGUAAAGACGUGCCCUGGGUGUGUGUUUGGCAGUGUAUAGAACAGAAACAUUUAUAUUUCUAUUAAAAAACACACAAAUGUAUAUUGUUUAACUUUCAUGCAAAAACUCGGAUAUAGUGUUUGGGAAAUCUGUCUUUGUUUGAAUAGUUUAGUCAAUCAGGAAAAUCAGUUACUAGAGGUACUGUGCUAUUGUUUGUGUAGCAACCCACUGGGGAUGCUUUGAUUGAUUGCUGUGGUUCUCAUCAGCCUCCUCUUCUGUGCAAAGCACUUAAACAGCUCUGAUUCUCAACCCUUCAAGUACAAAGAGCCCUUAGGACUUGGAGUGCACUGAUCUAGCUUGUGUGCCUUGGUUUCUAAAUUGAUAUUCUUGCCUUCUUUGCAGGUAGUUUAGGUAGUUUGACUUUGCAUGAAAGGAAUUAAGUUCACUUUAAGAUAGCACCCCCAGCCAUCAGGGUAUGUGUAUGUGUAGAUGAAGGCUGUAUGUAGGAAUAGGAACUUCUGUCAUAGGGCUUUGCUCUAAAGGGGUUAGGUAAAAUGUAUCAAUUGGUUCUUGUGCUUUCCUCUUAAUUUUCCACUUUGCAUGUAUGCUUUCAUGACUUUGUAGAUGAUUUUCAUCUAUGAUUUUAUCAAAAUAUAAGUUGAAGUAAAAUUUUUGUUCUCUAGAAAUGUUUCUUUUGCAAACAUUUAGACUAAAAAUUAGCGAUUGUUUCUAAGCAUAAUGCUAAAGAAAUGAUUUCAGGAAUUAAACAUUGUCUUAGUGAAAUCAGAGAGGAGAUAGGAAAUAAAAAGUAAUGAAUUGAAAAAUUUGUUGUUUUAACAUAUAAUCACAUUAGCUAAAACCUUGUACUGUUACUCUGUAGAAGCAUAGAUGACACAUUAGAAAUGUAGCUGAGUUGCCCACCUGGUAGUCUUUCUUUACAUAGAUGAAUUUACCACUUAAUACAAACUAAUUAGAUUAGGAACAAUGUGGAGUCUGGUUGCUAAAUAUAUUGCUUUGAAGGACUUGUUUUUAUUUUGUUUUUUGAUUGAUAAUAUUUUCAAUAAAUUUUGUUAACUUGAAUUAGACUAUGUUUUGUUUUUAUUUAAAUUUUUAUAUUGUAUGUAAAUAUUCCAUGUGAUAAUUUUUGUUGUGUAUUUGGCACUAAUUCACUUUCAGAAGCAUGGGAGGAGGGCUUUAUUUGAGACUUUACUGUUAAAAUUAAGGGAUGGUGGCAUAUGGAAUAUAAUUAAUGUCAUUUAAAAAAUAUUGGAUUACAAUUAAAUGAAAAACUGGUUUGUUGUUGUUUUUUAAUCCUUCAAGUUUUCCCUCAUUGUUUGUGUUCUUUCCCCCAUUGUCAGGCUUAAAACAUACAGUAUCAUUGUCAUCUGUCCCCUGAAUAAUGGUCCUGAGGUGAUAUUAUUAAUGUGGCUUUUUAAAAUCAAACUAAUUAUACUUAUUUAAAAGAGCCACAUGUAUGUGAUUCUAGCUGCCUGGUGCCUUUUGAGAGCCCUGGAGACAAGCUAGUGAAUAGAGCUGAAAAUUCAUUCUGUAUUUGAUUAAAUGGAACAGACUCGCCGCUCCUUACCCCAGCAGGGGCUGUGAGAUCUCUUGAUCCCCGAAGCGGCUCCAAGACCCUGGGAAUUCCAUUAGCGAGCACCUGAGGAAUUUCUGCCCUGCAGUGCCUUUUGUGUGUGUGUGUGCGCGUGCGCGGGCACAGAGGGAGUGGGGCGGAGAGGAGUUGGGGGUUAUGGGGUGGAGAGAAGGCUACAUUAGAAGACUCCAUAUGUUAGCAGAUCUGAAAUCAAGGCCUGACUUAACAGCUUAUCUUGGAAGAGAAAAGCCCAACCCAAAGGCACAUUGCUAGUGCAGACUUUAUUACAAGCAGGACUGUGCUGAUGUGUUUUUAACACUGAAGUGAACUCCAGUGUAAGUACAGAAAAUCGCUUCUUUGCUUUCCCUCCGAAGCACAAGCAUAUACACGUUGCAGACUUGUGAGCCAAGGCCUGAGUUUCGCUCUAGAAAUUUGUCCUGCCUGCUUCUGUAGUUUGACGCUAUGCCUCCAGAUCUUGGACCCUUAUGGAUACCGCUGUAUGUUACUCUUACAAUACUGUGCUCUUCUGUGAGUUCAGACUUGGCACCUUAUUUUAUUUCUGGGCCACUCUCUGCUAUCCAGAAACUUGGUGGACCUGUAGUACUACAUUGUACUGCUAAACCUGUGACUGCUCAUAUCUCAUGGUUGCAUAAUGGAAAAAGAUUCGAUGGAAACAUGGAACAUAUUCAGAUUCAUGAGGGGACUUUGACGAUUUCUUCUCUUAGCCCCUCCCUUUCGGGUUCCUACCAGUGCAUCGUUAACAACAGCGUUGGUGCAAUUGUGAGUGGCCCUGCAACAGUAUCCACUGCAAUUCUUGGUGAUUUUGGUUCAUCCACAAAGCAUGUUAUUACAGCAGAAGAAAAAAAUACUGGUUUCAUCGGCUGCAGGGUACCAGAGAGUAACCCCAAAGCUGAGGUGCGCUAUAAAAUCCGGGGAAAAUGGCUGAAACAUUCCACAGAGAAUUACUUAAUCCUUCCGUCAGGGAAUCUUCAGAUUUUGAAUGUAUCCUUAGAGGACAAGGGAUCAUACAAAUGUGCAGUUUAUAAUCCUGUCACACAUGAAUUAAAAGUCGAACCCAUUGGCCGAAAGCUCCUUGUCAGUCGCCCUUCUUCAAACGAUGUUCACAUUCUUCACCCCGCCCGUUCGCAGGCAUUAGCUGUGCCUUCCCGUAGCCCUGUAACCCUGGAGUGUGUGGUGAGUGGGGUCCCUGCUUCUCAAGUGCACUGGUUGAAGGAUGGGCAGGAUGUCAUGCUAGGAAGCACCUGGAGAAGGCUGUAUUCUCAUCUUGCCACAGAUCGCAUUGGCCCAGUGGACUCCGGAAACUAUUCCUGCGUGGCCAGGAGUAGGUCUGGAGACGUGAGGCACGUGACGUACACGGUUACUGUGCUUGAACAUGCUUCAAUUUCUAAAGGACUGCAGGAUCAUAUAGUGUCUCUGGGUGCCACGGUGUACUUUACCUGUGAUGUUCAUGGGAACCCAUCCCCCAACCGCACCUGGUUUCAUAAUGCUCAGCCCAUUCGUCCUUCCCCACGACAUCUAACUGCGGGAAACGGACUGAAAAUCAGUGGAGUUACUAUGGAAGAUACUGGCCUGUAUCAGUGUGUGGCAGAUAAUGGGAUUGGAUUUAUGCAGUCUACUGGAAGACUUGAAAUUGAAAAAGACGGUGGAUUCAAGCCAGCUAUAAUCACAGCACCAGCUAGUGCAAAGGUGGUCGAUGGAGCCUUUGUCACUUUGUCCUGCAAUGCCACGGGGGUGCCAGUGCCAGCCAUUCGCUGGUAUGACAGCCAUGGGUUGAUAGCCAGCCAUCCGUCUCAAGUCCUUAGAUCUAAAUCCCAGAAACCACACUUACUUAGACCGGGGGGCCCAGACCCGGAGCCCGUCCUCUUUGUCACGUCCUGGGCUGGCUCAAGCGUGCUUCAUCUUCAGGCUGCUGCUCAAGAACGUGCUGGGAGGUACGUCUGUGAGGCUGUGAAUGAGCACGGCUCCGCGCAGGCAGAAGCGUUUCUCACAGUUGUACCAUUUGAAACAAAUACAAAAGCAGAAACAGUCACACUUUCCGAUGCUACUCACAAUGACGAAAGACGUAAAAGAGAUGGCUUAGCAACUGGAUUGUGGAGCUCAUUUCCAGGGAAGACACGUUCGGAAUCAUCCUCAGAGAAGAGCUCUGGUGGUGGCUCUGUCCCCGAUGCUCCCAUCAUACUGAGCCCCCCGCAGACCCACACACCAGACACCUACCACCUGGUGUGGAGGGCGGGGAAGGAUGGCGAACUGCCCAUCAGCGCCUACUUUGUGAAGUAUCGAAAGCUGGAUGAUGGGGUUGGCGUGGUGGGAAGCUGGCACACGGUUCGAGUCCCAGGAAGCGAAAAUGAGCUCCGUCUGACUGAACUAGAGCCAUCUAGUCUUUACGAAGUCCUGAUGGUGGCAAGAAAUGCAGUGGGGGAAGGACAGCCUGCCAUGCUCACCUUCCGAACCAGCAAAGAGAAAACAGCAUCGUCAAAAAACACACUGGUAUCUUCUCCACCCUUGGGAAUGCCUAAGCAUCCUGCUGUUUCCGAGGCUGCAAACAACAAUUUUGGAGUGGUACUUACAGAUUCUUCUAGGCAUAGUGGAGUUCCAGAGGCACCAGAUCGGCCUACUAUUUCCACUGCCUCAGAGACGUCUGUCUAUGUCACUUGGAUUCCGAGGGCAAAUGGGGGUUCUCCAAUCACUGCCUUCAAGGUUGAAUAUAAACGAAUGAGGACUAGUGAUUGGCUGGUGGCAGCUGAAGAUAUCCCUCCUUCUAAACUUUCUGUGGAAGUUCGUAGUUUAGAACCAGGUUCAACAUACAAAUUUAGGGUCAUUGCUAUCAACCAUUAUGGUGAGAGUUUUCGAAGUUCAGCGUCUCGUCCUUAUCAGGUGGCUGGGUUCCCCAACCGGUUUUCCAACCGUCCAAUAGCUGGACCUCACAUUGCUUACACAGAGGCUGUCAGUGAUACUCAGAUCAUGCUAAAGUGGACGUACAUUCCAUCAAGUAACAAUAACACUCCUAUUCAAGGAUUUUAUAUCUAUUACCGGCCAACAGAUAGUGACAAUGACAGUGAUUAUAAGAAGGAUGUUGUAGAAGGUUCAAAGCAGUGGCACAUGAUUGGCCACCUGCAGCCAGAGACCUCCUAUGACAUUAAAAUGCAGUGCUUCAAUGAAGGAGGAGAAAGCGAAUUUAGCAACGUGAUGAUCUGCGAGACUAAAGUGAAACGUGUUCCUGGAGCUUCUGAGUAUCCUGUCAAAGACUUGAGUACCCCUCCAGAUUCUUCAGGAGGUGGAGGAAAUGUUGGGCCUGCAGCUAGCCCUGCCAGAAGCAGUGAUAUGUUGUAUCUGGUUGUGGGCUGUGUGCUGGGUGUCAUGGUCCUCAUUCUUAUGGCUUUCAUUGCCAUGUGCUUGUGGAAGAAUCGCCAACAGAAUACCAUACAGAAAUAUGACCCACCGGGAUAUCUCUGUCAAGGGUCAGAUAUUAAUGGUCAGAUGGUGGAAUACACCACUCUCUCGGGAGCAAACCGGAUAAAUGGAAAUGGUCAUGGAGGCUUCCUGAGCAACAGUGGUCUCAGCAGUGGCUGCUCACACCUGCACCGGAAUGUCACGAGUGGAAUCAAUGGAGUCGUGAACACAAGCUUAACUGUAGGACUUUACUCAGGGCACAGCAGCUCUCUAACCAGGACACAUGUGGAUUUUGAACAUCCUCAUCACUUAGUAAAUGGUGGCGGAGCGUGGGCUGCAGCACCUCGGAUCGACCCCCUGGAGUGUGCUAACUGUCGAAACUGCCGAAACAACAACAGGUGUUUCACCAAAACCAACGGCACUUCCAGUGGCAGCCUUCUUCCUGUAGUCCCUGUGGUAGCACCUUAUCUUCGGGAUGGCUUGGAAAUGAAGCCCCUCAGCCACAUGCAGAUGUCUGUGUGUCUGGCUCCCACUGUCCCUGCUUGUGGCACUUUGCCUGAGGAGAGCAUCAGGGACAAUGUGCCGUCAAUACCUGUUCAGCACACUUGCUGUCAGGACAACAUAAAUGACAUCAACUCUGAUUACACAGAAGAUACAGCAGAGUUCAGCAGAGGAGACAGCUGUAUCAGUUUAGAAACGGAGAACAAAGCUCUAGUAGGAAACAACCUUGUUUUGUAUAGUUUCCAAUCAUCUGGAGCACAGUGGAAUGAUUUCAUGCUUUCUACAACCCUCGGUGACAGCAGGCGCUCCUCAUGCACAGGGUCUCGGCGGCUGGAAGACAAGCCAGGAGGGAGUUGCAGGGGCCAUUUGAAGUUUGCCAGCACACAGAAUGUCAUCAUUGUAAACAGACACUGCAACUGUGGUCAGCAGGGCGCAGACGUCAUUGCUGCCUCUGUGUACAAGGACCUUUGCAGCUGCCUUCAGAAGGCCGUUCUCCUCCAUGUUAAAGACACAAGCGCACACAAUAAAUGGAUUUCACAGCUUGAGUCAAGCUUUGAUGGAUCACUGCUUCUUUUUGUUUUGUACAUCCCUUUGGGGAAAGAAACAAAAACUUAAUCUGCUUAUGUAGGGUCAGGCAAUCCCGGCAGAAAUUGCAGUGGCAUAGAAUACAAUACGAUGUUAACCAGUUUUCUAUAUAAUUGCAUCAGUAUUCCCUUACAUAUGUCUGUGUGUUUUAUAAUAGAACUGCUAGUGGAAAUGUGCUUUUUUAAGCUGGGUCACCAUGUAAGAGUUACUUCCAGUAGAAUGUAGCAAAUACAAUUCCACAGUUAGAUAUUAGGGGUACUAUAGAAGCAAGUUCUACAUUUCAGAUGUCCACACCUGUUGUAUACUAGAUUUGUUCUUCAUGUUGCUUAGAUACAAUCAGCUUUGGAGCUGAUAGUUGCAUCCGUCCUUUCUGUGACUAGCGAGGGACAAUGUCCUAGUACACAGAAUAUGAAAACAUACUCUGUGUUUUCUAAUCAAGUUACAGGAAUGCUGUCACAGAGGGAGUUGGGGAAAGAAAACUGGGGAAGUAAUGUCCAUAGAUAGUCAUUUUUGAUUCAGGAAGCAGGUGUAUUAGCAUGAGCCUUAGGUCAUAAACUGCUUUUAAAGAUUGAAUUUGAAUAUGGGGUUUGUCCAUGAGGAAGAAAAAAUGGCUUUACCUUUAGGACAAUCUCAUUGUGGACUUCUUUAUUUAUAAGUAAUGCUGUUUUAAGUGUUAUCAUUUUUAUUGUAUUUUAUUUAUAAAAAUGCCUUUAUAUAUUGAGAUAUAUAAAUAUAUAUAUAUAUAUAUAUAAAAUUUCCUUAUGUUUAGGAGUUAUGGGUUCUCCCUAAGUGUAAGUUGCUCUGAAAUUUUAUGCCCUGCACAAUCACCAAAUCAGUUCUACCUAAUGUCUUUUCACCAGGAGAUAAGAAGACAUAGUAUAGAGCAUGGGAGAUAGCAUUAACGUUUGUUGAGUAACUGCUGUGUACCAGGCACUGUGCUGGGUGCUUGUCACUGUUAUCUCUUUUAGCCCUCACAACAAAUUGUUAAAAUCCCCAAGACAUGCAUUGAGCCAUAGAGCUUGAUUGGAACUCAGUUUAUCUGGAGUCAUAAUCUGUGCUCCCCACAUUUUUCCACACUGCUUUCCAAAAGCACUGUGGUUCACUCUCUUGAUGGAACCAGUCCUGUUCCACAAGCCAUCGUCUGCCCUGCGAUGCGAGUCCUCCCUGCGCAGGCAGAGGUCUGCUCAUACUUGUCUCCCAGAAAUCCACACUCCUCUCCUUGGUGCCCCCCCACCAUACCCAGGAAUUUGAUCUUCACUUGGCUCAGUGAUCAUGAAACUAGUCAUGGCUCUUCACAUCCUUUGUCAUUCCUAGGAUUCUGUGUGAUUCUUUGUUUCAGCAUUAAACUUCCCCCACUCCCAUUAAACCACCCCACUCUUCCCCUUGUACUUGAGCACUCGCAGUCUGGUGGUGAUGGGUGCGGUCCGCGGUGCAGGUUAAAUCGCAGUGUUCUAAACCUUUUGAAGUGGUCUUUACAAAAGCAUUUCUUUCUGGGUUUUGUUUUUGUUGAAUGAGUCUGUGAAGACUAAGGCAUCCAUCCUGGGCUGAUCAUGCCACAAAUCUCAUUCUAGCUACAGAACUGCCAAGAAGUUAACGUUUAUAGUUGAAUUUCACCUGUGUUGCUCUCUUUUAAAACACUGACUUUGAGAUACAUGCUGUGUAGCAUAUUGAAAAGUAUAUUUUAUCUUCCUUAAAGUUGUAAUAUUAUGUUUGAAAUUGUACAUAUUCUAAACGAUGUAGCUUUGAUAAGUUGUAUUUUGUUGAUAUGAUUUUAUAUUAAAAGAGAAUGCUGCUUUCAUACAGAGUAGCCUCUGAAGAUGGGGUAUGCAGAUUUCCCCCCGCAUUUGUACAAAGCUGCUUAUAGUUUGUGGUUGGGGGGGGGUGAAUGUCUUACUCUGAAAUUCUUUGGAAGCUCUAUCUUGUCCUUCCUUGAAAACCCCUGUGUACACCCAGGAGCUCAGCGUGUUAAUCCCUUCUGCUCUGGGUGUGGAGAUGAAGGCACUGAAGGGGCAGGAUCUUGGGCAGGUGUUUAUGAGGAGGCUGAGAGGACACUUGGACCAAGGGGCUGUGGGACCAGGCAGACCCCUCAGGGCAACUUGCCACUUCCUCGGACAGAAGGGAGGAGGACAGGACGGGAGAGAAGCUGGGGCGAAUGAGGAGAGGUCCUUCUCGGUCUCUCUUUACCGUUAACAUCUGUAGGUACUCCAGGGUAGAAAUUUAGCCUCUUCAAGAAUAAACUUUGUUUUACAGCGCUAAAAAAAUUGAAAUUGCUAGGCUUCUCUGUUUGGCCUUUUCUGUUUUAUUUCCUAUAUAUAAAUAAACCUUAGACCCAGUCCUGAGAGCUCUGAGGGAAGCUGAAACCUCUUUUCCAAUAGUGUAACUGUGAGAACCGAAGAAGCUACUUCAGUUUCUCUCAGUUUUCUGUCUCCUUUUAGGCGCCACUUUCUGUAUUGCAGGCAGGUCGCCCCUGGGCUUGCUUCCUGUCUCUCCUCACCUGAGUCCUGACUCUUCCAGUCAGCUGGACAAGCAUGCGUUGUGCUUCACUCAGAUUUCAGACACACAUACACAUGAGCCAGUGAGUCAUGCUGGCAGCUGACAGUGUGACUUUGGAACAGCCAGUUCUCUGUCAGGCAGCUCCCCGCCUGGUAGCAGGAAGCUGCAUCUGCUGUGUCUGGUUGGCUCGGACUCCUGGAGUCUGCCCGCUGCAGCCUCGCAUUCCUGUGCUGCAGCCACAUGCAGGGAACACACCUCCACGCCUUGCUGGGCCCACUAGCAAAACCUGGACUCAGCCAUCAGCCUCUCUGGGAGCUACAGUUGAAAUAGUCCUCUAUUAGUGCGAACAUAGGCGUGGUUUAUUUAGGAAUUGCUCACUCUACAGACUUUCUUCUGGAAGCAGCUAGCUUGCUCACACUUUUAUAGCACCAGAGAUGGUUCCCAGUACCACAGCUUUCACUUGCCUUGAGACACCCAGCGACUCUUCUGUCCAGUGUGUGUCUUCCUCAUCCUGUCACUUCUGUCUUCCACAGGCUGGGCCAGAGCUUCUUUUCUCACCAAGUCAUUAAGGUUUACUGCAGCUGGGACUUGCGCUGAUUAUAAAGACUGGGUAUUAAGUGGGGAAGUGUAGCUGGUGCCUUUGCUACCGUGGUUUUAAGACCAAAAUGUGACAAAGGGGCUCUUCUCAAACCUACGUGCCCUCUCUGGGCCUAUUUGCAUCUUCCUCUUUGGGCCUCACGGUGUUGCCAUCACUGCGAUGGUGACUUACUGGAACAUCAGGGACUCUUGUGCAGGAUUAGAACCUGAGUGGUGGCUGGUGUUCAAGGCCUGCAAAGAGCGUGUAUGGGGGCAAAGAAGAUAACUGCCCUGGGAGUGUCCCAGAUGGUUCCCAGAGAAUAAGAGAAACCGAAUUUCAUGCCCGGCACUCAACACAGGUCUCUGUGUUCAUGAGCAAUCUUUGGGAUGACCGAUGCUCACCUGCCUGUGCCUCAGUACCUUCCCUCGAGCCCCUCUGUUGGUGUCUUUGCUCUCUGAAGGUGAGGUAGGAGAGUAAAGUCAGUGGCAACUCAUUUGUCUAGCCUCCUUUCCAAUUGGAGGAAAGCCCUGGGCCCCAGAAUGACAGUUCUGUACUUGCAUGGGAACAAGCAACUGACCAAGGCCUGUGGAAUGGAAAAGAAAAUGAAUAUUAUUUGGCCAACCCAGCAACGAUACCAGAAAAAUGGCCCUUCGUACUGGUAGGCUUCAUACUAGUGUCUCAGAAACCCAGAAGGGAAUGGCCCCAAAUGCCUGAGUUGGGAGUCAGAGCCUAGAAAGACAGCAUCUAGCAUGGGGAGAGCCUCGGUUCUUCACCCAGGCAGUACCACCUCACUUAUUUGGAUGGGUCUAGACCCAGCCACUCCAUGGGGUCAAGCAGCCCCUCCCUUCAGAUGCCCACUCAUGGGGGCAAGUCUGCAGGUGCUGGCGGGCAGCAUACCACCAUUCCUGUGCCCGCCGCACCCAACACUGCUGGAUGGGCACUGAAGCAGGGUCUGCUAGCAGGGCAGAGCAGGGGUUGUGUGGUUUAGAGCCACUGCAGAAUUUGGGCAACAGUGGCUGCUAGGGUACCUGCUUAUCCAGUCCCCUCCAGCUGACAUGGGAACCAAGAGCAAGGCUUGCCCCAAAGAAGCUGGAGAAAGGUCUCUCCCAGGGAGCAAGUGCCAAACCCCUGCUGGUUACCCUGGCAGAUUGCACUGGAGGGAAGUAUGUCACAGGGAGGAGGUUCCCAGGAUGGAGCGGGAAGCUGGGAGCCCACCUGCACCCCAGAAGGUGAGACAGGCACAAGUGGGCUCCUGUUCUUAUUUAAUCACCAACACCUUCUUAAUCCACUUUGGCUAUUUCUUCAGAUUCACAUUGAAUUAGGGCUCCUCGAGGCCUGGAGCCUUCUAAGCCCCCAAGGGAGGGAUGGGGAAGAGUCAUAAAGAUGACCCGAGGACCCUGAGGAGAGGGCAGAGAACAGAGGCUGGGGACUCAGUAGGAAGGAAGCAAAGGGACAGAGAGGGAUCCCCUGUGGAAAGGAAGAGGAACCAGGUCCAGUUCCUUGGAGAAGGGUGAGACCCCCACAGCGCUGGCCCUAGCACCUGGCGUCGACACUGCAGAGGGAUAUCCCACUAUGUGGUGAUUCAGAGCCAGGAUGUGGAGGCAUAAGUAACCCCUGGGUCCAAGCCUCCCUGCCACCGAACCCUGCUCUCUGGUUCGAUGUCACUAGCAGCUGUCUCCCAAGCCCCAGCUCCUGGGCCUGAGGCACUGGCUGUCUGCUGCACCAGUGUUGAAAGGAGCUCACAGUGUCGUUAAGAAAACAGACAGACAUUGCAGAUUGUCUCAGCAAGGCAAAAUCUUCUGAUCAGAAGGGCAUGUAGUGGUAGCAAAAGCAGCCAACCAGCUGUUGUGCUAUGGGGAAGUUCUUCACCUUUUAAUCCUUAAUGCAGACCUAGGGCUAUGUAUCAUCCCAUUGGUGUCGUGGCCCGAUUACAGGACGAGGGAUGACACACAGAACACAUAAGACACAGACAGACAGAAUUGGCUGUAGUCCCGGAAGAAAAAAGGACACAGAGACGAGAUGGUUUCAGACUGCAGCACUGAAAAUGUGCUCGUCAUUUAUUUAUAUACAGUUUAAUUGGGCAAGCAUCCCGCAGCUAUUUUCUCAUGCCAGCUACUUUCCCAGCUACUUUUUGGUAUGUGACUUCCCAUGGCCAACAACACCUGCUUUUCCAGUCAAAGCAAAAAGCAUGGCCUUCUACAAGAGGUCUCUUUUGAUGUUUGACACUGUUUUCAGAUAACAAACAAUCUCGGCUCGAGUGCGAGACCACGAGUCCUUGACCAUCUUGCAGCACCUAGCACCGCGUGCUGGUUACCAGGCAACCUUGGCUCGCAUGCGAGGCCACAGGUUCUUGGCCGUUUGCCUGGAGAAAGAGUUUCUUCAGCCAGUCAACAAGCCACGUCCUGCUAAUUGUGGGAACAAGCAAUGGGCUCCCGUUCUGCUGACUUGGGGUCUCAGCCAAUCUGACCCUGGACGGCUCGCUGCAGCUCCCUUCACAUUGGAGGGACUUUGACCUCACAAUCUUGUCCUUACCCUAUUGACCAAGGUGUGUUGUUGAGGUAUAAGGGAGAACACGAAGUUAAAGUUAGUAAAUGUGGGGAUUUUUUUGUAUUGCAAUAAAGGAGAUUAAACCAAG